AUGGCCCGCCAUGGGAAAUUCAAGGCCCGUACCAGGCGGGCACCGGCCAGAGACCUAACACCACAGUUUACCAUGCAGCAAGAAGCUCGCAAUACGGAAACACACGGCCGAUCCUGGUCAGACUCCAAUCUCCGCCACAAGGCUGUCAUAUUCGUGAGUUCAGGGAGACUAGAACCGACCAAGGAAGAGCAAGACGAGCAGAUUAAGUCCGACUCGGACCGAGAGGAAUUGCCCCCCGACGAUAUGGAACAGCACGCCGAAGAGAGCGACGGCGUAUUCUUCCUGGACUCAACAAAACAGGCGAUUGACACUGGCCUACCAGACCCAGUUAUACAGUCUGAAUCGUCGGAUUCUGAUGACCCGAGCGAGGAUGAAGUUGUGUUUACCGGCCGCAGGACCGCCAGACCGGUGAUCAUCGAAACCAAACAGACCGAAAUUGAAAAAUUUGUCAACAGCACCUCUGUAUCCUCGCAAGCGGCACUGGGUACUGGCUCUUCUCUCCGUGAGCCCUCACUCGUGGCAGCCCAAAUAGAACAGACAGAGCUGCACACAGAGAAACCAGCAUGGCCACCAGAACAACAGACCGAUCCGCUAGCCGACUAUAUCGCCAACAUCGACAAAGACUACUACGAGGAGAUCACUGGUAUGAAGCUGGAUCUAGGUGACGACAUUGAUGUUGAGAGGGCUGCGACGCAACUCGACCUCUCAGCCACUAGUCCAACAGGCCCAGAAAGGCGACCGUCCAGAUCACCGGAAGCAGGACGGCAUGUGCACGGCGACAGCAUUGCAAGCUCACCUGACGGCCUGGCACAAAUGCAAAUCGACACAGAGCAUGACUCGAUCGCUGCGUCGAGUGAAGAUGACGAAGAUCUUGUCUUCUCUGACUCCAACGACGAUGUCGCUGAAGAUUUCAUUUUACUCGAGGACUUGGCCAAAGGGUAUUCCAAUUCCGAUAAAAAGGGCACUCGGCCUAGCAAGCCGGCGUUCCCGUCGGCUUCCGCAUUUGCGGAUGCCCUCGAGGCUGAUCCUUACCUCGGAUUCGAUAUUAUGGAUUUCGAUCGGCCAAGCUUACGAAACAAACCAAAGGGCAGGCAUGCUAUCCCUGAACUGGCGCUUUCCGACAGCGAGUUUGAGAUCGAGCUCCAACAAGCCUGGCAGAAUGAUAGAACCAAGAAAAAGCUGCGUAAGAAGGAGCGAGAAGAGCUUCGAGCGCAAGGCAUGUUGGGCCGAAAAGCAGGGAAUCCAGACCUCAAGGUCAAAUAUUCCAAGGAGAUGAACAUGGAGGAGUUUAUGACUGAGCUCCGAUCAUUUCUCUUAUCUCCCAAAACUAGCCUGUCAUUGCCACCAAUGACCAAGCAGCGCAGAAAGCUCAUACACGAGAUGGCCAAUAACCUGAAUCUGAAAUCACAGUCACGGGGCCAUGGUCUGUCUCGAUUUCCCGUGCUCAACAAGACCGCUCGAACCCCCAGAUAUACACCGAAAACCAUUUCAAAUGUGGAUGAGCUCUUUUCAGGAAAGAAGCUCAGCCGGCGAUUGUUCAAGUCAUGGGGCGCAGACGCGCCCAAGUCGUUCAAAACAAGCCGGGGGAAGUCUGGAGCCGCUUCGUACAUGGAUGGCGAUGUGGUCGGUGCUUCAGCUCCAGAAAUCGGAGCCGACAACCGCGGACGGGCCAUGCUGGAGAAGAUGGGGUGGAGUACAGGCACUGCUCUGGGCGCGGCCGACAACAAGGGAAUCCUGCAGCCCGUGGCGCAGGUUGUCAAGAACUCACGGGCUGGGCUGGGCUAG